CUGGUCAUGGGGGAGAGAACAGGUCACAGAGAAACAAGUGGGAUAAUGGUUUUGAAGAGAUUGCUCUAAGCGCCGUCAUGAACUCGAAUGCUGUACUUGCAAAGAGAUAUGAGUGUAUUCGAUUUUGCAAUGCAAGAAACGCAGCGGGCGCUCAGCAAGAUCCCACACCGGAACGGUCGAGUGAUUUGAUUCCACUGGCAUAGACAGAUGUUUAACAGGAAAUAAUGCAAUAUGGUACAACAUUAAAGUCGUGUGUGUGUGGCAGGGCAGCUCAAACAAGACUGGGUCAGAGGGCUUAGUGACCUUCAGGAAGCACCAGACAAUUAACAAACGGCGCGGCAGCAACUGCGGCGAAAGGUCCUAGCGCUCAUCGACUGGAAACGUUUCCAGUCUGUCAAACGUUUGAACAGAGUUCGACUGAAACACUCGGAACGUCAGCAGGAAGAGAUCGGUCAACGCCCCUAGCCCGUUCAGUCUCUCGUUCACACCCUAUCCAGGAGGCCUACAGCUUUAAGAGCCACAGGGGCUACACCCCGUGGGUUGGACUUGGUAUCAUUCAACACACAGGAAGUUAAUAAUGGUGAAGUUUGGAGAGCUGAGUCUGUUUUAUCUCGUCGUUUGGCUGGGCAAAGCCGGCACAGAGACCUCCAACUCAGACACACCGCCUCCAGAGAGAAUAGCUGUGAUUGGGGCUGGGAUCGGCGGAGCAUCAGCUGCCCACUUCCUCAGGCGGUAUUUUGGACAGAACGUACAGAUCGACGUUUACGAGAGCGGGACAGUGGGAGGGCGGUUGGCCAAGGCUUCUAUCAGUGGCCAGGAACAUGAGAUAGGAGGGGCAACCAUUCACCCUCUCAGCCUGCACAUCAAGGAGUUUGUUCAGCUGCUGGGCCUUAAGGAGCGCAAGCAUCCUAACAACUUGCUGGCGGUGUACGAUGGGGAGCAGUUUGUGUUCGAAGAGAGUGAGUGGUUCAUCGUCAACUUCAUCAAGCUGCUCUGGCGAUACGGCUUUGACUUCCUGCGGGCGAAGAUGUGGCUGGAAAGCUAUCAACACAAUUUCAUGAGAAUCUACCAGUACCAGGCUAUGGGCUACUCCUUCACCACCAUGGAGAAGAUGCUGCAGGUGCUCGGCGGUGACAAGUUUGUACGGCUGACCAAGUGUUCCAUUGACGAAGCCCUGCAGGAGGCUGGCAUCAGCCAGAGGUUCAUUGAUGAGAUGGUCAGUCCCAUCAUCAGGCUCACCUAUGGAGAAGGUGUCCAUGUCAAUGCAUUCAUAGGCAUGACCUCACUGUCAGAGACAGAGUCUGAUCUGUGGUCUGUGGAAGACGGGAACCAGCUCAUCUGCUCGGGCUUGCUUUACUCUGCCAAAGUCAACCUCAUCAAAGGCAAGGUCACCUCCGUAGAAGCCAAGAAGAGGCCUCAUCGCAAUGGUGAUGAGGUUACUAUUUAUGAAGUGAACUACCUGGAUGGCCCCAGCACUGGCUAUGGGACGUACGAUAUUGUCAUUGUUGCAGUCCCCUUGCACAGCUCUGAUCCAGAAAUCCAUUUCCGGGCUUUCUCCCAGCCGAUCGAUGUAGCUCGGGGUCGCUACCAAGAGAAGUUUGUCACGCUGGUGGAGGGACACUUAAACGCUUCUUUCUUCAGCUACCAUGGGGCUGGGCCCUUCCGUCCCACCACCAUCGGCACCACCGUGCACUCGGGCAACUUCAUCCUGGGUGCCAGUGUCUCAACACCCAUCAAAGUGGGGCCAUCCCCUGCCCGGGUCUGGAAGGUGCUGUCGCCCGAGCCCCUGGGCAAGAAGCUGCUAAGGCACCUCUUCCCAUCCUGGGCUGCUGUGCGCGAGGCCCAGUGGCUUGCCCACCCACGCUACAGCCCAGAUGAACGGAUGCCGCCCUUCAUCCUCCACGACCAGAUUUACCACCUCAAUGCCAUUGAAUGGGCAGCCAGCACCCUCGAGAUGAUGGCCAUUGCUGCCAAGAAUGGCGCCCUACUCGCCCACCACCGCUGGUUCAGGCAGCUGGACAAGAUUGACCAAGAAGUGUCACGACAAGUUAAGGUCGAACUCUGAUCAGAGCUGACCUGAAAAGCUGCUAGGCUCUGAGAAGUUUUCUGUACUGGAUGUUUGCUUUCACCUAAAGAAAUGGGUUGCGUUUGCACUGAAUUACACUGAAAGUCACAGCACUGGAAAAGCCUGCACUGCCCUUUGGCCUGUGCAGGUGUUGGCACUCUGAACAAACCUCUUGCCCUCAUUAAUGCUGCUCAGUCCCUGUGGAGACCAUAAGACAUAGGAGCAGAGUUAGGCAAUACAAUCCAUCAAGUCCAUUCUGCCAUUUGAUCAUACCUGAUUUAUUUUUCCACCCAACUCCAUUCCCCUUCCUUUGCCUCAUAAAUGUCUUUACUAAUCAAGAGCCUAUCAAUCUCCACUUUAAAUAUACCCAAUGACUUGGUCUCCACAUCUGCCUAUGGCAUUGAAUCCCACAGAUUAACUACCAUCUGGCUAAAGAAAUUCCUGAUCUUUUCUAAAGCAGCCUUUUUUUCUGAGGCUGUGCCCUCUAGUCCUAGACUCACCUGUGGGAGGAACUUCUGCUUUAUCAACCCUAUCUAGACAAAGUUUCUCCAGAAAUCCGUACUGGAUAGACUAUUGAUUUCCUGUCUAGUCUCAAACUUCCCUCAUGAAAGAAAUAUCCUUCUCCUCGUCAAUUCUUCUUAAUCCCAAAACUCUAAAAAUUUUUCCUCCCUGUCCAAAAAGAUUUUCAGCCUGUCCAGAAUUUCCUGCUGCUUAGAACUUCUGCCGUCAUCCUUGCUGUCAUCCCUGGAGUUCUGUGCCUCUAGAUCCCCUCUGUAAUAUCAAGUGUGGAGCUGGGUUUGUUGUUCUUGGAGCAGGAGUGAGACCUGACUGAGAUGGACAAACUUAGGAGAGCAUAAACGUGGAUAGUGAGAAAUAUCUCCCCAUAACGGAGACAUUUAUAGCUGGAGGACAUGGGUGUAAAGUGAGGAAUAAGAUCGGUAGAGGUGAUCUGAGGGAGAAUUUCUUUUAGCCAGAUGUUGGUUGCAAUCUGUAAUCUGGUGGUGCAGGCAGGUACUCACAACAUCUUAAAAAGUACCUUGUUGAACGCCUGAAUUGUCAAGGCCUAGAAGGUCACAGGCUGAGUACUGGCAUAUAGGAUUAGUUUGGAUGGGUACUUGUUAGUUUGGACAUCAUGGGCUGAAGGGCUGUAUGACUCUGACUCUGUAAUUGAUCCAAGUGAUUAUGUCAGUAAUGGUGUCUCUGCUGGUCCACAUUAAUUCUUUUUUGCUCUUUUCAAUGGUAUUUUGCCCAUUUUUGAAAUAUUGGAAGAAAUAUUCACUCUGUUAAUGUAUUUAGAUGCCUGUGCUCGUUUCUUCUCCACAACUUUAGCCUACCCUACGGUACGACUUGUUCAGAGGAAAGCACAUUACUCAGAGCUGGGUGCAUGGGUUUUGCUAACGGAGGAAAUUAAGAUAACUUGCAACAGCGUAUCAUCAGCAUGUGGGCACUCCUGCAUGCAAUGUACCAGAUUAAAUAGAAAACCUUUUUCCCCACACAGGCCACAACCACGGUUUGAUCUUGUUGCUCCAUGUAAAGAAUAUAAUGAGGGGACUGCUGACAGUGCACUGGAAUGAAGUCAUGGGAGUCAGUCAAGGAGGAUCUUGAAGAGACAGAUAGCAGGACAGGAAACUUAGGAAGAGCUUGUAGGGGACUGUAGUGUUAAGAGACAACAAUGUGGGAGUUUGUGUUUAUGUUUGACUUAGCAAGUAAAGAGAAGAUUAGUUUUAUUUGACAAAACAUCAAUACAUACAGUGAAAUGGGUUGAUGGGCCAAAUGGCCUAAUUCUGCACCUGUGUCUUAUGGAUUCCAUCAAAUCCAAUCAGCAAGGAUUGUGCCCACAAGUGUCACCGUGCUUCCGGCAUCAACAUAGCAUGCCCACAACUCUCUAACCCUGACCUGUCCAGUACAUCUUUGGAAUGUGGGAGGAAACGAGAGCUUCCAGAGGAAACCUGCACAGUCACGGGGAGAAUGUACAAGCUCCUUAUAGGCAACAGCAGGAAUUGAACCCCGAUGAGUGUUUGCUGGUGCUGUUAAUCGUUACACUGACAACUAUGCUACCAUACUACCGGCUACAUUACCGUGUGGGUAAAGCAACUGGUGUGCAGCUGGAUUCCAGAAGGUGAGAAGGGCGAAGAGCACCAAUACAACAGACAUUUUGUCCAUAGUGCUCGUCCAUCUUACUAGUUUGUCCUUUGUAGAUGGCUGGGUUGAAUUGUAUUACACCUUUGAUUAUCUGGAUCUUGUCAACAUAAUGAAUUUGAACUUUUUGCCUGCACUGAGUCAUUCUUGGGUGUGAUAUAAAACUGAGAAAAACUCUGUUUGGAGGGGGAUUAAUUCUGUUUUAAAAAAAAAACUCGAAAAAGGAGCGUCUUCCCAUAGUCAAUAUUCAACAUCAAUGAAACAGAUUUGCAUAAAUUGGCUGCUGCUGUUUCAUCAUGACAAAAGGCAAUAAUCACUUCAUUAAUGAUGAAUGCUUGGAGUUUGUGAAUGGGUCUAUAGGAAUCAGGACGAUAGUUAUUUCUUUCUACCGUCUCCAACUCCUUGGGAUUUUAGCAGCUACAGGUGCCUUUGUAUAGAAACAGGUACUGGAAAUACUCAGCAGUUCAGGCAGCAUCUGGUGUGAGAAACAGAAGAUAACAUUUCAAGCAGAUGGCUUUUCCACACUAUCUUGAGGAAAGCUAUCAAAAUAAACCAUUAACUUUUUUUUCACUCCGUAGCUGCUGCCUGAACUGCAGAGUAUUUCCAGCAUUUUAGUUGGUUUUUUUUAAUAUUGUUUUCAUGAUUUUGGUGCCAUUUUAUUUGUCUUGGUGCUUUUUUUUUAAAUAACAAAAAUAUGUGUCCAUUCUAUAAGCUCCUGAUGUUCACAUUGCAAGCCUACCUUCAGGAUUAUUUUGUUACUAAAAUAGUCAUAAUUGCUGAAUUAUCCCUGUUGGCAAACUUUUUAAUCAUCCAAGGGAGAAUCUCUCACUUGUGUCAUGUACUUUGUUGAUUUGCAGCAGCAGUAUAGUGCAAAGACAUAAAAAUUACUAUUAAUGACAAAAUAAAUAUAUUGUGCAAAGUAAAGGAGAGCCUUUCAGAAAUCUGACUGGGGGAAGAAGCUGUUCCUAAAUUUAGUUAUUUAUUGAGAUACAGCACAGAAUUCAAUCCAUGCCAUGGAGCAGUCCCCCGAUUUAAUCCUAGCCUAAUCACGGGACAAUUUACAAUGACCAAUUAACCUGUCAACAGGUACGUCUUUGGACCGUGGGAGGAACCCGGAGCAAACCCACGGGGAGAGUAUACAAACUUGUGACCGGCAGUGGCGGGAAUUGAACCCUGGUCACUGGUACUGUAAAGCGUUGUGUUAACUGCUACACUACCGUGCCACUCUAUUCCUUGUGCAGGUCUUCAAGAUCCUGUACCUCCUCCCCAACUGCAGUAAUUAGAAGCCCAUUAACAGAAAGACAAAAUGCUGUGAGCAGUCACCAGGUUCAGCUAUUUUUGCAGGUAGUGAUAAAUGGAUUAAAGUUACAGGCUGAUGAAUCUCAGCAACGGGAAGAUCAGGGUUCAAUUCCCAUCGCUGUCUGCAAAGAGUUUGCAACACCUCAGAUACAGUAUGGGUAGUCUCCAGCCCUUUGGCAUGAACAUUGAAUUCUCCAACUUCCGGUAAUUCCCUCCCCCUCCCUUCUUCCAUCCCCAUUUCACUCUGCCUCCUCCUCCAGCUGCCUAUCACCUCCCUCAUGGUUCUGCCUCCUUCUACUACCCAUAGUGCUUUCCCCUUACAUUCCUUUUUCACCUCUGCUCCCUAUCCCCUCCCUGCUUCACCUCCCCCCCCCCUUGAUCUUUCCCCUUCCUGGUUUUUCAGCUGGCACCUACCAGCCUUCUCCUUCCCACCCUCCCCCCACCUUCUUUAAAGAGCCCCUGCCCCCCCUCCCUCUUCUGUCCUGACAAAGGGUCUCAGCCCGAAAUGUUGACUGCUCGUUUCCACGGAUGCUGCCCGACCUGCUGAGUUGCUCCAGCCUGUUGCUUUGACCCCAGCAUCUGCAGAGUAUUUUGUGCUUGUACGCUCUUGCUGUGACCAUUUGGGUUUCCUUCGGGUGCUUCAGUUUCCUCCCACUGUCCAAGAGCCGUACUAGUUAGGGGUAGUCAGUCGUUAGCGUGCUACAUUGGUGCUAGAAAUAUGGCAACAGUCACAGGCUGCUCCAGCACCUCCUUGAACUGUGUUGGUUGUUGAUGCAAAUGAUGCAUUUCACUGUAAGUUCUGAUGUUUCAAUAUACUUGUGACAAACAGAGCUAAUAAAGAUUUCAAUGUCUUUUGCUUGCCUUAUGUAAAGGCUAUAUAAAGUAAGAUGAGUGGUUGGAUGCACUUAAAGUGGCAGCUGAAUGCAGCUGACUUCUGAUUACAUUAGGCAUUAGGAGGGAGUGUAUCCAUGAUUAAUGCAGGACGCAUCAGGAGCAUUACUUUUAAUUCUUGUUGUUAGUUUAUUAAAACACAUAUCAACCACUGUUGCACCACCAUCGAAAGAGCAAGUAGCAAGCUCGCCCAUGCUUGCAUCUAGAUGAAAUAUUCCCCCAGCAUAUUAAUAUGGGGCAGCACGGUGACCUGGGUUCAAUUCCCACCGCUGCUUGCAAGGAGUUUGUACGCACUCCUUGUGACCGCAUGGGUUUCCUCUGGGUGCUCUGGUUUCUUCUCACAGUCCAAAGACGUACAGGUCUGUGGGUUAAUUGGUCAUUGUAAAUUGUCCCGUGAUUAGGCUAGGAUUAAUUCAGGUCUCACACAAAAUGCUGGUGGAACUCAGCGGGCCAGGCAGCAUCUAUAGGGAGAAGCACUGUCGAUAUUUCAGGCCGAGACCCUUCGUCAGGACUAACUGAAAGAAAAUAUACUCAGAGAUUUGAAAGUAGGAGGGGGAGGGGGAAUCCAAGAGCUGGAAAGGUGAUUGGCAAAAGGGAUACAGAGCUGGAGAAGGGAAAGAAUCAUGGGAUGGGAAGCCUAGGGAGGAAGAAUGGGGGAGGGGAGCACCAGAGAGAGAUGGAGAACAGGCAAAGAGUGAUGGGCAGAGAGAGGAAAAAAAGAGGGGGGGGGAACAAAUAAAUCAGGAUGGGUUAUGAAGGGGAGGAGGGGCAUUAACGGAAGUUAGAGAAGUCAAUGUUCAUGCCGUCAGGUUGGAGGCUACCUAAACGGUAUAUAAGGUGUUGUUCCUCCAACCUGAAUGUGGCUUCAUCAUGACAAUAGAGGAGGCCAUGGAUAGACAUAUCAGAAUGGGAAUGGGACAUGGAAUUACAAUGUGUGGCCACUGGGAGUUCCUGCUUUCUAUGGUGGACAGAGCAUAGGUGUUCAGCAAAAUGGUCUCCCAGUCUGCGUCGGGUCUCAAAUCAGGACUGCUGGAUGGUCUGGCUUAAAGGACUGUAUCUCAGUAAAAAGAAAUUAAAUAAUACUUUCAGUUCCUUUAACCAAGCACUUUGCCACUUGCACAGUGUUUGAGUUCUUGAGAAUCAUUUGCACUUGUAUCCUCCUCCCUUUUCCCAAGUCAUUUGGCCUGGAUUGCGAAAGUCCUUGUCAGUAAACAUUUCAAGUUUCAUGCACAUUGUAAAUCUGCUCUGGUUCCAAUUCUUUUGCAAUAAAUUUCUUUCAGAAGC